AUUGCUCUUUCCUUUCUCACUAGAAACAAAGAACAUUUUCCAUUCUUCUUCACACCGUCACAAUUUUUUUUGUUUUUGUUUUCAUCAAUACAACCCACAAGUACAGCUGCUGAGAACAGAUCAAGUUAACAAGAAUGGUGAAGAUUUGUUGCAUUGGAGCUGGGUAUGUUGGAGGCCCUACCAUGGCAGUGAUUGCAUUGAAGUGUCCCAACAUUGAAGUAACCGUGGUGGACAUCUCCACGCAUCGAAUCAACGCGUGGAACAGCGAGCACCUUCCAAUCUACGAGCCAGGCCUUGAAGAUAUAGUGAAGAAAUGCAGGGGAAAGAACCUUUUCUUCAGCAGUGAAGUGGAGAAAAAUGUUGCUGAGGCUGACAUAGUCUUUGUCUCCGUGAACACGCCUACAAAGACUCAUGGUCUCGGAGCCGGUAAAGCGGCUGAUCUCACAUACUGGGAGAGUGCUGCAAGGAUGAUUGCGGAUGUUUCCAAAUCGGACAAGAUUGUUGUUGAGAAAUCAACUGUCCCUGUCAAAACUGCAGAGGCAAUUGAGAGGAUUUUGACUCAUAAUAAUGGGAAAGGCACCAAUUUCACUAUUCUUUCAAAUCCAGAGUUUCUUGCUGAGGGAACAGCAAUUCAGGACCUUUUUAACCCAGAUAGGGUCCUCAUUGGAGGAAGGGAGACCCCAGAUGGGCAAAAGGCUAUAAAGGUUCUCAAGGAUGUUUAUCUUAAUUGGGUCCCAGAGGAGAGAAUCAUCUGCACCAAUCUCUGGUCUGCUGAACUCUCAAAGCUAGCUGCCAAUGCUUUCCUGGCACAGAGAAUAUCAUCUGUGAAUGCAAUGUCAGCACUCUGUGAGGCAACUGGUGCUGAUGUCUCCCAGGUAUCCCACGCAAUUGGGACAGACUCAAGGAUUGGACCCAAGUUCCUGAGCAGCAGUGUUGGUUUUGGAGGCUCUUGCUUUCAGAAGGACAUCUUGAACCUUGUCUACAUUUGUGAGUGUAAUGGCCUUCCUGAGGUUGCAAAUUACUGGAAGCAAGUGAUUAUGGUGAAUGACUACCAGAAGGCGCGGUUCGUAAACCGUGUGGUUUCUUCCAUGUUCAACACGGUUUCGGCAAAGAAGAUAGCUGUUCUUGGUUUUGCUUUCAAGAAGGAUACAGGUGACACUAGGGAAACACCAGCUAUUGAUGUGUGCAAGGGCUUGCUAGGUGACAGGGCUCGGUUGAGCAUAUAUGAUCCUCAGGUCACAGAGGACCAGAUGAUGAAGGAUCUAUCAAUGAGGAAGUAUGAUAAGGACCACCCUGCUCAUCUUCAACCACCAAGCCCGACAUCGAUAAAGCAAGUGUCGGUGGUCUGGGAUGCUUAUGAGGCAGUUAAAGAUGCACAUGGUGUGUGCAUUCUAACAGAAUGGGAUGAGUUCAGGAAGCUUGAUUACCAGAAAGUUUAUGACAGCAUGCAGAAGCCAGCGUUUUUGUUUGAUGGCAGGAAUGUUGUGGAUGUUAGGGAGCUCAGGAAAAUUGGGUUCAUUGUUUAUUCUAUUGGCAAGCCACUAGAUCCAUGGCUCAAAGACAUGCCUUCAGUGGCUUAAAGCUUAAGGCAAAACAAUGAUUCUUGUUCUGUUAAAUUAUAUUUCUUAUGCUCUUGUCUAUUUAUAUUUGAUAUUAUUUUGCCAAAUCUUAUGGCAUGUUAGAGCCCAAUCAUUUGUCAUUUUAACUGCCUCAAAUUCUAAUUUGUUGUCAUAUCUUUAUGUAAUAAAUAAAUGAUUGAUUCUGGGAGCUAGCUAGUGUAUUCAAUUCAAAACA